AUGGAGGCGCGGUGCCGCCUCAGCUGCGCCUGCUGCGGUGGGGCCGUGGAGGCCGGGGAGCUGUCGUGGCCUGGCGGCCCCGCGGGAAGCCCCAAGUGGUCGCACCUGGCCUGCGCCGAGGCCGCGGGGCUCACCGCGCGCAGGCCCCCUUGCAAACACUUCGCGCGCGGCCGCUGUCAGUUCGCGGAGACAUGCUUCUUCGUGCACAGCGUGGCCGAGGGCCCCGACGGAGCCGCCAGCGUGCCCCCGCCACCACCAGCGCCCCGCGCGUGGGGCGGCCGCCGAAAGGUUGUGCGGAAGUUGUCGCGAGCGAGCGUGCUGCGUCGCUUCCUGCUGGACGAGUUCGGCGCGGAGCUGCUGGCCGCCGGCAGCGGCGUGCUCGACGUGGCCGGCGGCAACGGCGAGCUGAGCUUCGAGCUGCUCAACCUGAACGGCGUGCCCGCCACUUGUGUCGACCCGCGUCCGCUCCAGCUGAAGCAGUUCCGCAGGAAGUGGGACCUUCGCCUCUACUGGUGGAACAGCAUAUGGCGGCCCUGGAACGGCGACGCGCCCGCCGACGGCGAGGCCAGCCGCGCGCCCGGGCACCUGCAGCUCCUGCUCGACGAGGAGCUGGCGAGCUGGGCGGCGGAGGCCGCGGCCCGUGGCCGCUGUGGGCCUGGCGACCCCGCACGCCUGCGCCAGCGGCUGGAGUCCGCCCAGCGGCUGUGCUGGACGCGGCAGGGCCUGCACGAGGGAGGGGAGGCGGCGGAGGACGAGGGCGGCGACUCGGUCCUGGACGCCGGGCGGGACCGGCCGCCCAGCUUCUACCCGCACCACCUGCAAAAUCUCAGGCCCGCGGGGGCGCCCCUGCCGGCGGCGCCGCCGGGGGAUUCCGCUGAGCGGCCGGCUCUGCCCGAGGGCGCAGCGGAGGACGGCAGCCCAGAGGAGGCCACAGACUCGAGCCCCGAGAAGACCAGAGCAUCCGCGCCCGUGUCGGCCGAGGAGGCCCUGGAGGUGGCGCGUCUCCUCGCCGGCUGCUCCGCCGUCGUCGGCCUCCACCCGGACCAGGCCGCUGGCGCCAUCGUGGAGUUCGCGGUCGGCCAGGGGAAGCCCUUCGCGGUGGUGCCGUGCUGCGUGUACUCCUCGGCCUUCCCCAAGCGGCGGCUGCCGGACGGCACGCCCGUCAGGACGCACGGGCAGCUGGUGGAGUAUUUGGUAAGCCUGGCGCCCGGCGCCCAGACGCAGGCGCUGGAUUUUGAGGGGAAGAACGUCGUGGUGUAUUGGUCUCCGCGGCAGCGACAAAUGCCCGCGGUGUCCUCGUCAUGA